GAGUCAAACACCUUCGCCGCUACCAAAAUCCCUCCACCUCCCCAAAGAAAACGUGAAGAACCUUCAGGGCACAAUGCAUUGGUGGUAUACCCUUGACCAAUUUAAAGCUUUCCACAAUAUUGAUAUCAAGAUAUAUAAACGGUUAGUGAUUGACCUGCGUUUAGACCCUAACCAAUCCAAGAAAGUUGUAGCCUUUUGGAAUUGUCUUGAAAGAAUAGGCUAUGCCAACUUUGUCAGUGUGAUCCAACCUUUACCAGAUGAAUUGCUCCGCGAAUUAGCCAACGAGACAAUCACGUGCCUGAUCUUGUUGGACCAAGGGUGUCAAUUUUAUGACGUCGAUAAAGAUUUGCCGUUAAUGCUUAGUCUUACUAAGCCAGCUUUUUCUUUUUGGUUUUUCUAUCAGAAUAGGCAAAAGGUGAUAAGCAAGAUUAAUGCAUUCGUCACGAAUGUGUGUGAUGUAGCGUUUAGCGAUAUAGUUCCUCCGCAACCAGUACAAUCUUUGCAGCUUCAAAUUGGAUUCAUUCAACCCCACCAGUUCUCAAAUAGGCAUGAAGGUUUCCCUUCAUAUACGGUUCUUGAAGCCCCUUCAGUUUCAGUCCCACCAAAUUCGACCAACUCGGUUCGACAUUUGUUACCACCAGCUACUAGUAGUGCUAGACCGUCUCCUUUAGUGCCUAGUUUUCACGCUAAAGAUAGAACUUUGUUCGUGACCUUCUCUAAGGGUCAUCAUGUUUCGAAAGGAGAACUUCAAGACUACAUUACAAGGAGAUAUGGGGACUGUAUAGAGUCCAUCUACAUGAAAGCUCAGCCAGAGAUGGGGCCGCCACAGUUUGCAAAUGUGUUCCUUCGCUCUUCUUCAGAUAUUGAGCGUAUUCUUGGAGGUAAAGAAACAGUUGAUUUCUUAGUUAAUGGAAAACAAGUUCGGGGGAGACUCUCUGGCACGAAAAAACAGUAGUUAAGUUGUACUAUAGGCAGAGCAGGUCUAUUCAUUAAAAUUCCUCCAAUUAUAGAGAUUCAAAUAUCAUAUACACAGGGUAGUUUUGUUUUUAGCUUUCUUGAACACAAUUCAAAUUCUUUUUUCUGCUGUAUUGACGAAAUAGAGGAGAAAAGAAGUU